GGGAAGCACUGACAAAGGAAGCACUGACAAAGGAAGCACUGACAAAGGAAGCACUGACAAAGGAAGCAGUGACAAAGGAAGCAGUGACAAAGGAAGCACUGACAAAGGAAGCACUGACAAAGGAAGCACUGACAAAGGAAGCACUGACAAAGGAAGCACUGACAAAGGAAGCACUAACAAAGGAAGCACUGACAAAGGAAGCAGUGACAAAGGAAGCACUGACAAAGGAAGCACUGACAAAGGAAGCACUGACAACGGAAGCACUGACAAAGGAAGCACUGACAAAGGAAGCACUGACAAAGGAAGCACUGACAACGGAAGCAGUAACAAUGGAAGCAGUGACAAAGGAAGCACUGACAAAGGAAGCACUGACAAAGGAAGCACUGACAAAGGAAGCACCGACAAAGGAAGCAUUACGAUCAACAUAGUGGAACCGACCACUUAUACAAGUGUACAUGUUAUCUCAAUAUGUGUUGUAUAA